AUGGCCGAUUCAUUAUCUAUUGAAAUGAAUGACCAGUCAUCAUCCACCACAUUAGGUGGAGGUAAAUUGGUAAAAUCAAAAUCACAAAUGAGUUUAAGAAGAUCUUUAACAAUUUCAUUCAAAGAUCUUUCUUAUUCAGUUAUGGUAAAAAAGAAGAAGAUGCAAAUUCUCAAAGGUGUAAGUGGUACAGUAACACCAGGGGAAUUAGUAGCAGUAUUUGGCCCAUCAGGUAGUGGUAAAACUACAUUAUUAGAUAUUUUGGCAAAUAGAAAGGAAAGUGGAGAAAUUACAGGUUCGGUUUUAAUUAAUGGCCAAGAGAUUGAUGAUGAUUAUAAGAGACUUUGCAGUUAUGUAGUACAAGAGGAUAUCUUAUUACCAACCAUCACCGUUCGUGAAACUCUUAGAUUUUAUGCAGAUUUAAAGUUACCACCAAGUUGGACCAAUAAAGAAAAAGUUGAAAGAAUUGAUCAAAUUCUAGAACAAAUCGGUUUAAAACAUAGAGCUGAUUCAAAGAUUGGUGGUAUUUUGCCAGGUGGUAUUAUUUUAAGAGGUUUGUCUGGUGGUGAGAAGCGUAGAGUUACUAUUGGUUGCGGUUUGAUUACAAGUCCUUCUAUUAUCUUGUUAGAUGAACCAACUAGUGGGUUAGAUUCAUCAUCUGCCAAAACUGUAAUGGACACAUUACAAGAGUUAAGUCAAACUAAGAAUGUCACUGUAAUUUGUACAAUUCAUCAACCACGUAGUGAGAUCUUUAAGAUGUUUACUAAAUGUAUGGUUCUUACCGAGGGUCGUUUAGUGUACUACGGUAAUAAACCAGUGGAGCAUUUUUCAUCAUUAGGCUACCCAUUCCCAGACCUAACCAAUCCAGCAGAUUAUAUUUUAGAUAGUGUCACCCAAAUCAAAGAGGAAGGCAGAGCAGAUGAAAUCGGUGAUAAACUUAGCGAGACCUAUUUGCAACAAGCAAGUUCCGAAGCCUCCGUUCAAUUGACUGAUUCGACACUACUCUAUCACACAUCAACAAAGAAAAAGAAGAUCUCUGCCUAUAACAAUGGACUAUGGACCCAAUUUAUCGUUUUGUGGAAAAGAACAGGUUUGGAUUUUAUGCGUAAUCCUAGUAAUUGUUUAAUUCGUUUUGCAGUUGCCAUAUUUGUAGGUUUAUUAUUUGGAGCAUGCUUUGCAAACUUGGGAUUGGACGAAAAAGGUGUUCAAAGUCGUGCUGCAGUUCUCUUUUAUUUGGUUAUCAAUAUGAUUCUUCAACCAUUCGCCUCCCUUAGUCUUUUCAUUUCUAAACGUACUUUAUUCAACGCUGAGAGGGCAUCACGUCUCUACCACACUUUUCCAUAUUAUUGCGCAAUGAUGUUUUUCGAAAUUUUGGCAUGUAUCGGUACUGCAUUCAUUUUGGGUACAAUUUCAUAUUGGUUCAGUGACUUAAACAAUGGAGUUGAUAACUAUUUCUUUGCAAUGUGCAUUUUAACAUUGGCCCAUUUUGCUGGUGACUUCUUUAUGUUAUUCAUCUCUUGUAUAACCGUUCAAGUAGAUACCUCGUUUGCAGUUGGUGCCGGUGUUGCUACAAUCUAUCAAUUAUUUGCUGGUUUCUUUGUUCAUAUCGAUAAAUUACCAAUUUCUUUCCGUUGGUUACACUGGUGCAAUUUUGUAUACUACUCUUUUGAAGCUUUAAUGGCAAAUGAAUUUAUUGGUGAAACUAUUAUCAUAAAUGGUAAGGAGGAAUCUGGUAGAAUUGUUUUAGACCAAUUUGGUUUAAAUCAAAGAAAAGGUAUUAACUUAAUUAUUGUUUCCUCAUUUGCCAUUCUUUUCUUCUUUAUGGUUUAUUUCGUUUUACAUUAUUUCCACAGAGAAAAGAGAUAA